AUGGAAAGAAGUUAUAUAAUUGAGAACACUUUAAAUCUUACAACAUUUCCUAAGGAUCCGCAUAGUAGUAUUAAAUAUAUUGUGGAUAUUUUGUUAGCAAAUAUUUAUCCUUUAUUGCAAAAAAUAAGUGAAAAUUUACAUAACAAUUGUAAAUAUGGAUAUAGAGAUGAAGAUCAUGUAAAUAUACGGACUGUUUACACAUUGUGUGCGGAUCAAAUUAGGAAAUGCUACUUGUCUCUGUUAGAAAUUAUUAAGUUGGAACAUACUAAUGAUGUAUAUUUACAGGAAAGUCGUCAAUGUAUACUGGAAAGACUGUCGUGGUGCCACAAAAAAUUAUUGUCAAUUGAGCAACUCACCAAGGAAUCUGUAAAAGAUGAAAUAGAUUCACUUGAUAAUUCUAUUCUUGUUCCAACAAUGUAUUUUGUCAACUGGAUUGAUCAGACGUUUGAUGUUCUCAGUAAAUUGUCUAGUGUUAUAUAUUGCGACAGUUGUAAAGAUAACGAAGAAUUACACAUUCAAUGGAAGCAGGAGUUAGUGGAAUGCAUCAAAGGAUUACAUACUUCUAUAGAUGAACUACUGCUAUCAUCAAUGACUUUGUAUCGGUACUGUUUAUAUGAUGACCAACAUGUUGUAAAAGCUCGUUGUCAAGUUGUUUUGAGAGAAACAAAGGCCUUAUUAAGUGAAUUGGUUGAUGGUAAUCUAGAUAUGGUUCAACCUACAAUUUCUAACUUGAAAUUACCUUUAAUGCCAUCUAAUGUCAAUUUACUGAUAGAUGUCUUAAAAGAUGUCCUAUAUGCCUUAGAAACGAAUACAAACACGGCUUUACUGGCAUUAGUAAUUCAUUGCUUUAGUCAGAAUGUGACGCCGGCAGAUGUAUUGAAAAGCCAUUUUGAAACAAGUCUUAAAGGGAAAUGUACAUGUCAUGAUAGUGAUGUAGAUUUGGAAGAAAAGUGCAGUUUUAUAAAAGAAUUUGAUUUGCACAAUGAGAGAUUAUUGCAGAUUGGAUCAUUUGCUAUGUCAUGUUCAUCUGAUCAAAAAAGGAUAUUAUGUCUACGCAGUGGUUUGGCUAGUUUAGAAGCAUUGGAUCCCCAUUUAGUACCAGCAGUUAUGCUAUCACCACAAAGUCACCACUCUUCGAUCCUGAUCAACAUCUGGAACCAGGAGUCGUUGCAAAUCAGGGAUAAUGUAUUCUUGAUAGUGGAUCCAGCUGCUUUUGCUGAUAAAGCGAGACAAAUGAUGCAUCAAAAAUUAUUGGAGAUAACAAAGGAAUCCACAUAUAAUAACAGUAAAGUAUGUGCUGUUAUUAAUAUAGGUUCAGUUGUCUUCGAGUUCUUCAACGCAUAUGAAAAAUUUGAACCUGACGCUUUGAGUUGCAAAGAACAAUUAGGACCUCUUUUGACAAAUUUAAAUAAGGUGCUGGAGGAGUGUAAAAUUGUUAGCAAUCUCUUAAGUUCGGCGAAUGGUCACAUUUACGAACUGAAAAAGAAAGCCCAAAAUACUACAGUGACUGUAGACCAAAUAAUAAAGCGUCUCAAACUUUUAUACACUUUAGUCAAACGAAUCAACGGCUUAUUCAAUCCAAAAGAAAAUGACGAAGAAUUUUAUGAGGAACCAGUAGAAAAUAAAAAUAAAACGCAUACAAUAAAUUUUGUUAAUGGAAACACAUACAUAAAUUCACCUAAGAGACAAACUUAUAAUGUUACAAGGAGUAUCUUCCCUCGUACGAAUAUAAGAUCAUCGACUAGUAGAUUACCUUUAGCGAUGUUAACGAAGCGUUUGAGAUCGAAAAAAAUUAACGAUUUAAGUUUUUCAAUAGAAUUUGAUGAAUUUUGCAAUUUAUCAGAAAUAAAAAGUAAGAAACGUGAAACGUCGAUCCUGUAUUCACCUUUUAAACCGAGGUCCUCAUUACGAAAGGCAGUAUUGAGUAGGCUUUGUUCGGUGCCAUUUGAUAAAGAUUAUAUUGUUGAAUUGAAAUCACAGCCGCAACAAAGUGUUCGAUCGGAAAAGGAAAGUUUCAUGGAUGACGACACAAGUUUACAAAUCACAGAUGUACUAAAUCAGAUAAAUGAUCUAACAACAAAUAUUUCUACUAAGAAAAGAUGGCCAUUCAAUUCAACGGGGUUAAUAGAAAAACCGUUACAAACUAGUAGCGGAUCAAGAAAUAACAUUUUAAAACUAUCAAUAAAUAACGAAUCAAACUUUAAAUACACUUGGAACAUAAGUGUUAACAAUAGUAAAGAUGAAAUAGCUUCUACUUCAAAUAUGUCGCAACCUUCGGAUGUAAACACUUUGGAAAGAAUAAAUGAUUUAAAUCUUGUUGAGAGUAAAUUAAGCGACUUGAAAUUCGGUCACGUUGAAACUAGUUUAUAAGUAAAAAUAUAUUUUUUAUUACUUUAAUAUUAAUAAUGUAAUGAAUUUUUAAUAACAUAUGAUGAGUUGAUUUAAUCAAUUUUAAAUUAAUUUUAUACCGUCCUAUUUUAGUGUAAGUUAAAUUUACUUUUGAGUUUUAUACUUCUUGGUUGUGGACAUAAAUAAUAAAGACUGUGAAAUCGUU